GUGAGAGAGAAAAAGGAAAGUAAAGUACUAGUCCAUCUCCUACUAACUAGUCGUAAAAAGCAGUUGAGACAAGUUUGAGUAGUUGGUUAUGCUGCAUUUUUCAUUAACACCAUCUUUAUUAUUAUCAUUUUUAUAUUCUCCUUCAUUUCCGGCGCCGGAGCUGCCGGAAUUUCUGCCGCCGGCGUCUUCACGUGCCAAUGCUCCCGCCUGGCCUCGACCCUUUUGUCAGUUUUGAAAAAUAAAACGGCCCAUCAAGUUGUUUUAGCGGUUAGAAGGCUGGAAAUUGGUCUUUAGAUUUUUUCGAGAUUUGAGAUAUAGAUAUAAAGAGAGAUUUGUGUGUGUAUGUAGAGGUUGCGGAUAAAUGAAAGCUUUAAGACGAAGUCAAACUGCCUCGUCGUCUUCUUCAUCGUCGUCUUCGAAACCGUCUUCUUGGAUUCAUUUGAGAUCAGUUUUGUUUAUUGUUGCGUCGUCUUCUCCUGCGUCUUCUUGCUCUACUUCUGAUCGGAAUCGUCUAAAAUCUCCAUGGUCGCACAGAAAGAGAAAACGUGCCUUAACACCUCACCAAUGGAGUAGGUUGUUUACACCAGAAGGAAAACUUCGUGAUGGCGGGGUUCGAGUUUUGAAGAAAAUACGCAGUGGGGGUGUUCAUCCAAAUCUAAGGGCAGAAGUAUGGCCGUUUCUUCUUGGAGUCUAUGACUUGAAUAGUUCCAAAGAGGAAAGAGAUAAUUUAAGAACCAAGAGGAGAAAGGAAUAUGAGAAACUGAGGAGGCAUUGUCGCCGGCUUCUAAAGUUGAACAAUACCAAAUUAAAGUUAACGGAAACAGGUAGAACUAGCAACAGUGAAGAAGGUGGACAUGUCAUUCAAGGUAGGGAUUCUGCUGAUUCUGAAGAUGUUGUCAGUGCUAGGGAAUCUUUAUCUAGUGAAGAUAUAAGCCCAUCUGUUGAGUACUUAGACGACUUCAGUCAUGCUGCACUAAAUGGGUGUGAUGGUUCGAAACGAAUCACUGAUCCUAUUACUUCUGGGACUGAGUCAUCAGACUCGGACUCCUCUGUAGAUGUGGGCAUUACUUUUUCCUCAGAGUGUAACGAGGAGAAUGAUCCUGAGAUGCCCUCCAAAGACUCUCCAAACAUGGAAAAUCAGUCAAAAACCAGCACAUCAGAAGAUUUUGCUACUUGGCAGCGCAUCAUACGGCUAGAUGCAAUUCGUGCCAAUGAAGAAUGGGUACCAUAUUCUCCAUCCCAGGCUGCAGUGUCAGAGGAAAGGGCAAGACGUGCAGCUGAGGUUGUCGGGCUUAAGGAUUAUGAUCACCUUGAACCAUACAAAAUCUAUCAUGCUGCUCGACUUGUUGCUAUUCUUGAAGCUUAUGCUCUAUACGACCCUGAAAUUGGCUAUUGCCAGGGGAUGAGUGAUCUACUUUCACCAAUAAUUACCGUGAUGACAGAGGACCACGAAGCUUUCUGGUGUUUUGUUGGUUUCAUGAAGAAGGCUCGACACAAUUUCAGGCUUGAUGAGGUCGGGAUUCGAGGGCAAUUGGAAAGAGUUUCUAAGAUAAUCAAAUUUAAGGAUUCCCAUCUUUUUAAACAUUUGGAAAAGCUUCAGGCAGAGGAUUGCUUUUUCGUGUAUAGGAUGGUGGUGGUUCUUUUCAGAAGGGAAUUAACUUUUGAGCAAACAAUUUGCCUCUGGGAGGUAAUGUGGGCAGAUCAGGCAGCAAUUCGAGCUGGAAUCGGGAAGUCUGCUUGGAGUAGGAUUAGACAACAAGCCCCACCAACAGAAGAUCUGCUGCUUUAUGCUGUUGCAGCAUCUGUAUUAAAAAAACGGAAACUUAUUAUAGAGAAGUACAGUAGCAUGGAUGAGAUAGUUAGGGAAUGUAAUGGCAUGGCAGGACAUCUUGAUGUAUGGAAGCUCCUGGAUGAUGCACAUAACUUGGUGGUCACCCUCCACAACAAGAUCGAGAACCCCCUCCCUGACAUAGAUUAGGCCCGGAGGUUUUCCAUUCGCUAAAUUAUCUCUGAUACCGUCAUCUGGACUUGUAUUUUGAGGUCUGUCCUUUCUACUCUUAAAAACCGAUGCUCCAAAUGAGCAGUUGGGUGUUUACUAUUUUAGUAUUUUAUGAUUGUCAUUUCGACACUACCUUGCGAGGACUAAAAUAUGUAGUACUUGUAGAAACAUUCCACUGUUUUUUUUGGGAGGUGGAGGAAUUGUGGAUAUCCGAUCAUUCUCUCGCCUGAACUUAUAGGAUUGGAACCAUGAUAAUUGAUAAAUGAUGUACAUUUCUGCUGUCUA